AACUUAUUCUAUGCCCAGUUGGUGGCAAUGGUGCACGACGCGUCACUUACACUUCAUGGAUUGCCGACAACCAAAGAAGAAGAGAGUAGGAACCUAUUCAAUGAAAUUACUUCCGCUGUUUUGUAGUGGACAAGAAACGAUUUUAGCUUUCUGAACGUUUACUAUAUUAAAACGUCGUGUUAUUUGAAUUCAAAAUGGCAUCGGCUAACUCUUACAAGUUGAGCUGUUCAAUACCUGGACAUGAAAUGGAUGUUAGAGGACUCUCAACAGCUUUUUUCCCAAAUGGAGCUUUUGUGUCUGUAUCCAGGGACCGUACCGGAAGAGUCUGGGUGCCCAAUUCAAGUCCAGACAGGGGUUUCACAGAAAUGCAUUGCAUGACAGGCCAUUCAAAUUUUGUAUCCUGUGUAUGCAUGAUCGCACCCAGUGAAACAUAUCCCAGAGGACUCAUAGCCACAGGUGGAAAUGAUCACAACAUAUGUGUUUUCUCACUGGACCAACCACAGCCCCUCUUCACUCUCAAAGGGCACAAAAACACAGUUUGCACUCUGUCCGCUGGAAAGUUUGGCACAUUAUUGAGUGGUUCCUGGGACACCACUGCAAAAGUCUGGCUCAACGAGAAAUGCAUGAUGACCUUAGAGGGUCACACGGCAGCGGUGUGGGCCGUGAUCAUUCUCCCGGAGCAAGGUCUGAUGCUCUCUGGGUCGGCAGACAAGACCAUCAAGCUGUGGAAGGCAGGGCGCUGUGAGAUGACUUUUACAGGUCAUGAGGACUGUGUGCGAGGGCUGGCGGUGGUCAGCGACAUGGAGUUCUUCUCCUGCAGCAAUGAUGCCAGUAUCAGGAGAUGGCUGGUGACGGGUGAAUGCGUGCAGGUGUACUACAGCCACACCAACUACAUCUAUAGCCUGGCCGUGUUCCCCAAUGGCCAAGACUUCAUCAGCACAGGCGAGGAUAGGACCUUAAGGAUAUGGAGGCAGGGAGACUGUACACAAACCAUCCGCCUACCUGCACAGUCUGUGUGGUGCUGCUGCAUCUUGCCCAAUGGGGAUAUUGCAAUUGGUGCCAGUGAUGGCAUCAUCCGAGUGUUUACCGAGGCAGAGGACCGCAUAGCCAGUCCCCAGGACCUGCAGGCCUUCGAAGACGAGCUCUCCAAGACCACCAUCGACCCCAAGACAGGGGAUCUGGGAGACAUCAAGAUAGAGGAUCUACCUGGAAGGGAACAUCUUGAUGAACCAGGGAAUCGUGAUGGGCAGACCCGCCUGAUCAAAGAUGGAGAGAAGGUGGAGGCGUACCAGUGGAGCCAGAGUGAGGCCCGAUGGAUGAAGAUUGGAGAUGUAGUCGGGGGGACAAACCAGCAGGCAUCCAAAAGAGUGAACUACGAGGGAAAGGAAUAUGACUUUGUCUUCACAAUUGACAUAAACGAAGGAGGUCCGUCCAUGAAGCUCCCUUACAAUGUCUCGGAGGACCCCUGGCUCACGGCACACAACUUCCUGCAGAAGAACGACCUCAGCCCCAUGUUCCUGGACCAGGUGGCCAACUUCAUCAUAGAGAACACUAAAGGAGCAGUUGUGGGCCCGGCCCAGCCCAGCAGCGUCGACCCAUUCACAGGUUCAGGCAGAUAUAUUCCUGGAGCUUCUGAUGGAAGAGCAGGCUUUGGAGCUGAUCCUUUUACAGGUUCUGGUCGAUACAUCCCAGGAUCGGAGAUGCCUACAGGGAUGCCUGCAGCUGGAACAGACCCCUUCACAGGAGGCGGGGCCUACACGUCCGCCGCCCGCAGACACACAGCCGCAAACAUGUACUUCCCUAAAACAGACGGGGUCACCUUCGACCAGGCCAAUUCCCUGCAGAUUCUCGCCAAGCUGAAGGAGCUGAACGGGGGGGCGCCGCAGGAGCAGAAGCUCUCUGAGGAGGUGUUGGAGAGCUUGGAGAAGCUGCUGCUGUGCGUCAGUGACCUGUCCUCCGCAGAGCAGCCCACCACGCUGCAGAUCAGCCUCCUGUGGAAGGCAUCCCAGUGGCCGGAAGACAUUGUCUUCCCUGUGCUGGACAUCCUGAGACUGGCAGUCCGCCACCCCCUGGUCAACGAGCGGCUGUGUGGCGAGGCCGAAGGGGUCCAGCUGUGCAACCACCUCCUGAGCCUGAUGAAGCCCCAGGGGCGCCCGGCCAACCAGAUGCUGGCCCUGCGGACGCUGUGCAACUGCUUCAGCGGCGGCCAGGGGCGCGCCCUGCUCCUGGGCCAGCGCGAGUCCGUGCUGUCCCGUGCCGCCGACCUCUCGUCGGUCUGCAACAAGAACAUCCACGUUGCCCUGGCCACGCUGGUGCUGAACUACGCGGGCUGCCUGCACGGCCAGAGUGACCUGGAGGGCAAGGCCCAGUGUCUGUCGGUCGCCAGCACGGCUCUGGAGUCGGUACACGACAAGGAGGCCGUGUUCAGGCUCCUGGUGGCCCUAGGGACGACUGUGGCCUCUGACCAGACAGCCCAGGACCUGGCCCGCUCUCUGGGCGUCACCUCGCAAAUCAAUAAGUUCUCCUCUGUCUCGGAGCCCGCCAAGGUUGGAGAAUGCUGCCAGCUGGUUUUAAAAGAACUGCAGUGAUUCCAGUUACAACGUAUAUGUUGCAACAUCAAGUGUCCCUCAUAUUAUUUGUCUCCUAUCUGUUCAAUUCAGUUUGUGGUGUAGGCUUGACAUUUGCCGUAAUAAAAA